UUGACUGUUGACUGCGUCGUCUUCGCUCUGCACCUGCUUAUCUUUGCUUUGAAGACCACGCCUGGUCGUAUCAACAUCUAGUUAUUGCUGCAUGUGAAACCAGCCAAGCCUAUCAUGGCACCACUGGUUGGCUACGGCAGCAGCGACGAGGAGGAUGAUGAGGUUCUGUCGCCCGCGGCCGCAGCUUCGGCACCGCUAGAUGCUCCAAACCAGACAGCAAUGAUAUCCUCGCAGCUGGCAAACGUGCCCGAGACAGAGGCCCAUGUCUCGCCGCCGCCGCCAAAGACAGGCCAGUCUGCUCCGGCACCAGAGACAGGGCCAGUGUUGCCCCCAGCAUCAGUGGCCAUGGGCCCUAGUCUACCUCCAGCAGACCAACGCGAGGCCUAUCCAGAGCAAGUAGACGAGGAGGACCUGGACCAGGACCAGGACGUACAAGCAGGCCAAGCCCGUCCACCAUCAUCACCAUACUCGGCCAGCCGAGCCCUCCUGCACCAGCUCACCCUCCCCACAGUCCCAGAUCUCGAUAUCCCCCCAUCACCACCCCUAGGCUCCCCCUCAUCAGGUGCAAAGCGCGCUGCCCUCACCGCCAAGUUCGACAAGUUCCUCGAGCUUAAGCGCACCAAGGGCGUGCACUUCAACGCCCGCAUCGCAGAAUCUCAUGCCUUCCGCAACCCAGAGCAGCCCGAUAAGCUUUUGAGUUUCGUCGGAAUAGACACCAAGUUUGACAGAGACUCUGGGGCCGCUGGCGCAACCCAGUACUCCACCACCCUGCCCGUCGACCUCUGGGACCCUGCCGGCUUCCCUGCUUGGGCAUACCGUGGUCGACUGCGGCUGGCGCAGGAGAAGUUGUUGAAAGAGAGAACGAGGACGCAGGGUGAGCCAGUGCAAUUUGUCUCGGCAGCAAAUCCUUAGAAGUACGACGCGCACAUGGACUCCCGAAGGUUACCGCCGCGUGGUCCCUUAACGCCUUGAGAGUACACGAGCUCGAAUGGUCGGCUUGGGAAUGAUAGCACGGCGCGCCAUACGGAUUUUGACAUUCUCAUGGAGCAAAUAUGUCGGCCGGCGGUUAGACGAGCGCCCUGUUGGAGCUUCAUGCAAUAUCAUGCGAGCACAGACUAAUGGCCUGGCUCUAAUCAGUAACGAGCGACGCAAAUGAACGCUGAACGCGGCCUUAUCUAGGAUGCCGAAGGCGUGCAAGGUCUGGGAGCACACGUUCGUGUGCGAGCACGCGUCGCUGAUCUUGGUCCAUGGUCGGCUCAGGGAUGUUACCAUACGUCCUUACUCACACCAACGAAAUCAGCGGCAGGCCUGGUAACCUCGAUUCAUCACUUCAAAUUACACCGGAUAAGUGUUCCACUGAGGUAUAUUGUCACGCGGUGCGUGGUGCAUGCGCUCCGUGGCGCGGCUGCACCAAAAGGAAGUGUAUAUGCAGCAUGAAAAGUUGCGCAAUGGUUUUCAAAACCUGACAUAUCGUUGAGGCGAGCUUUUGUCGUCUUCCGGUGUGGUGUCAUUGCAUCCUUUGCCACCCAAUUGAUUAUAAACUCCAACGGCGCAAACAUUAACCCGCUGAGCACAGCUCGAUGAUUGUUUGCCAGACAUCAUCUGUCGGGCAGCAUAUAGUAAAACCCUAUCACUUGCUCUCUCUCUUCACAGCACCAGGCGCACACACGCAGCGCUCACGAUACAAACGGAAGUUUCGCUCUCUUCGUAUUGGAGCAGUUGAUGGUCAAGCCUAGCUCCUCAAGGUCGGCGCCAACGUCGAUGUCUACGCUCUGGUUGGUCGAGGCCAGCGAGUCUCUGUAGUAGCUUAGGUACUGGCCGUUAUUGACAACAUUGUCGCCCCGCAGCUGCAUGGGAAGAACGCCAUCCUCACAGAAGGGCCGCUGCUGGAUCACCUGCAGGAUGGGCGUCUGCGAGAUGUUGGCGUGCAUAGUGAAGUUGUUGAUGCCCGGGCGCACCACCAUGUUGUCCACAAAUACGCGCCCAAUGUCCUGGCCUUGGAGAUAAUUGAUAAAGGUUGUGUUGCCCUGUGUUUUCGGCUGUAUUAGUAUCUUGAUUACGGCUUUCUUCUGCGGCAAGGAUUCACAGGGCGACAACAUACAAUAUCAAAGGUUAGAAGUGAGACAUUUGGAAUGGCCACGGUUCCGAAGAAGUUGUCGCCGUUCUCGUCAGGGGUCAGCUGGACGCGGGACUCGGGUACGGUGGUGCCGUUGAAGUUGUUGAGCCCCUUCAGCUCGACGACUUUCUUGAAGUGGACAGGGUACUUGCGCGAGAUGCCAUUGACCUUGAGGUGUUGAAGACAGUGAAGGCGUUCAUGUCGAGGAUGUCAACAAAUUGCGUCAAAUUGACGGCUGACUGUGAAGCUGACGUCGUCUGUGGGAACUGCAGCCGCGCGAAGGGCGUCUGCGGCUCCCAGUCCUCGAGGUACAUGACUCCCUCGAAGGGGUCGAUCACGGCGUGAAUGCUGUCGUCGGCUCUCAAAGUGCUGUUAAUGGCCAUGGUGAAGUUCUCGGACUGAGCCUGCGACAGUAUGAUGCCCUGGAUGGCUUCACGCUCCAUCGCUCUCUAACUGAUCCACCACAAACAACCAAACCCCCGAAAAGGGUGGCCACAAAGUCACCUGCUCUGCCGCAACACUCAAGUCGCUCAGUGCGACCAAAAGCCAAGGCAAAGAGGUGAUCACUUACAUCAGGCAUACCACCAGCACAACGAUGGCAAUAAAUACCAGAAGAUGUGCCCACCACCAUCUUGCGCAAUGCCUCCUCAGCCUCUGGCGUCUCGUCAGUCCUCCGCUCUUCUCCGCGUGCUCAUAUACCCGGUCUGCUUUGUCCGACAUGGUGAUGGCCGGAAGGAUCUGGUUCCUGUCCUCGCUCUGGUUGCCGGUGGAUGAAUCCCUCCUUGUCCCUCGAGCAGACCGAUUCUUGUCCUUGAACUCCUUCUCGACAAUGUAGUGACCCCUGGUCUUGCUGAAUAGUCCCCGUGACGGCACCCCGGCACUGAGGGGUGGCAAGUCAGCUGGGUCCGUUGCUGGUGGUACUGGCCGCACGAGCAAGUCUAAUCCUUCCGAGUGGGAUUUGCGGCCCUGCUGUGGAGGUGGUGACAGAGAUGGUGCCUCGACAAAGAGUCCUCCUGUGGGCUGCCUCUGAAGUCCCGCUGCUGGUCUCUGAUGCUGCCGGUGGUGCUUCUGGUGUGGUGAGUCUCGUCUCUCGAGCACCGCGGACCUUUUUGUCAGAGUGUUCCUGGCCCGGCGUCCGCCUGUGCCUAUAUCCUUCGGGGUGGCGUUGUGAUGAGGAAAUCCUUCAAUCAGCGGGCCCUGCAAGAUAUCGUGUCGUAACGGGCCGUUGCCGAGGUUCUGGAAGACUGACGUAUAAGACGGUUGUGGCCGGAUCGAGCGUCUCGGGGAGUGUGUCUGGUUCGCAGGCGACGAGGACUGAUCCCUCAUAAGAGCAUCCAGGCUGGGGGACUCCCUUGGGCUGCUGGGCGCUGGGCUCGGGCUUAUAAGAGAGUCGAGGAGUCGCAACGGGAGGCUUCCAAUUUCCCCUCGGGGCAUCACAGGGUAUCAACUAAUAGGUGAAUCCUUGGACGAGAAUGGACUUGGGGCGUCCCGAGACGGACAAUUACCCGAAUAGGCGGUGGGACCAAGGAAUAGAUUGAGCUGGCAACCUUUUCUUCUGUAAUUGCAUCGGUGAUGCAGUCCUGAUCUGGUCCCCGUCUCGUCUUGUCUCUUUUUAUUAUCAAUGGUACUUGUCAAGUCAUUCAUUCCGGCGGGGGACGGUACGCUAUUCAAGGGCUGGGCCGGAGUGGGAGCAAGUGGCCGGGGAUGGUUACAUUUAUGUUACUGAUCGGUCUAUUACUCCGGCGGCAUGGGCACCCCAUGCUCGGCGCUGCACACCUGCAGCGGUACUAGACUUGAGGCCGGGAGGGCACCUGAGCACGCAGCGCUGGGCCGACUGACCAGGCUGACUUGAUCGAAGUCGCCGGGGACGUGUUGCUGUUUGACGAGAAUGGGGGGCGCAAGUCUUGGGCCAUGCCCUUUAGGGUAGGAGAGGGAGAAAAGCAAUUUUGUGACACUCAACAGCCUGUCCAGUAAGAAGGGCGGGAUCGCCGCA